AGAGGAAGCCAUUGAAAUUCAUGGUCGUCAUCAUCAUCAUCCUCCAUAGUUCUCUAUGAAUCAGUCACACGGCCAUCUCUUCAGUCCAAAUCACUGAAUAUAAAGCAAAUUUUUUGCUUCCCCAAAACGCACACUGCUUUUCCGCAUUCAAUUCUGCUUUUCAUUUUCAUUUUUAUUUUUAUUUUUAGAAAAAAGGAAUUUGGGGAAAUCUGCAUUAAAUUACUGUUCAUUAAUGUGUAGCCUAUAAAGCUUGAAGAAUUUGGGGGCUUCCAUGUUUGGUUGUCCUCAUCUGAGCCUGAGGCCUGUGUUUGUGUUGGCCAUUUCUAUCAUGUUUGUAUCCAUUCUGGCAAAAUACCUUAUGGAUAUCCAUGGAUUGUAGCUCAGAUAUGCUGUUAGUUUUUGCUUCCUAUUCCCUUUCCCUUUCCCUUUCCCUUUUUCUUAAUCCUAAUCUUAUUGAGAGCAACAGGACUUUGAGUGGAUGUCCAGAUCUCUAGAACAGAUUCAGAUUUCAGAUUAAUCUGUAAAUUCGAGCAGUUGGGGAUUUUAGGUUUAUGGAGGUUUUAUGUUGAGGAGAUAUGGAUGGAGGUGCGUAUCUUCUUCUUCUGUGGGAAUUAGUUGGAUUGCUGGUGUUGGCAGCCAUGGAUGUUUCUUAUUCAACUCUGUCUCCUACUGGUGUGAAUGAUGAAGUUAUUGCUUUGUUUGCUAUCAAAAAAGCCUUGAAUGAUCCUCAGAACGUGAUGGAGAAUUGGGAUGUCACUUCUGUGGAUCCUUGCAGUUGGAGAAUGGUCACUUGUUCUCCCGACGGUCAUGUCUCUACUCUAGGGCUACCCAGUCUGAGCUUGUCUGGAACUUUAUCACCAGGAAUAGGGAAUCUCACAAACCUGCAAUCUGUGAUGCUACAGAACAAUGAGAUUUCCGGUAUGAUUCCGGACACCAUUGGGAAAUUAACAAAGCUCGAGACACUCGAUCUGUCUCACAACAAACUCACCGGCGAGAUUCCGAGUUCCGUCGGCGAUUUGAAGAGCUUGAAUUAUCUCCUUCUGAACAACAACAGCCUCGUCGGACAGAUUCCCAAUUCGCUGACGAAAGUCGAAAGCCUCAAACUUCUAGACGUUUCGUUCAAUAAUCUCAGCGGCUCUGUUCCUAAAAUUUUUGCCAAAACGUUCAAGAUAGUCGGGAACCUUCUGAUCUGCGGCGCAAAUCAGAACAAUUGUUCGACCGAUUUGCCCGAGCCAAUGUUCCCGCAGAACGGCAGCAAAGGUCAUUCGGAAGGGAAGCAUCGCCCGGCGAUUGUUGUUGGGGUCAGCAUUGGAUCAGUCUUUCUAGUCAUCUUCGGCGUCGGAUUGCUUCUUUGGUGGCAAUACCGGCACAAUCGCCUCAUCUUCUUCGACAUUAACGAGCAAUACGAUCCCGAGGUACGACUAGGCCAUUUGAGGAGAUACACAUUCAAAGAGCUACGAGCUGCGACCGGUCAUUUCAACCCGAAGAACGUGUUAGGUAAAGGCGGAUUCAGCGUCGUCUACAAGGGGCGAUUGAACGAUGGCACCGUUAUCGCCGUUAAACGUUUAAAAGACUACAACGCCGUCGGCAGCGAGAUUCAGUUCCAAACCGAGGUCGAGCUGAUCAGCUUAGCCGUCCACAAGAACCUCCUCCGGCUUUGGGGCUUCUGCUCGACGCAAGAUGAGAGACUCCUCGUCUACCCGUACAUGCCUAACGGCAGCGUCGCCUCUCGACUCAAAGAUUGCGUGCACGGAAGACCGGUGCUGGACUGGUCGAGACGGAAGAAUAUUGCCCUGGGGACAGCGAGGGGACUCGUCUACUUGCACGAGCAAUGUGACCCGAAGAUAAUUCACCGCGACGUGAAGGCGGCGAACAUUUUGCUAGACGAGGAAUUCGAAGCUGUCGUCGGGGAUUUCGGGUUGGCGAAGCUGCUCGAUCCGCAAGUCUCGCACGUCACGACGGCGAUCCGCGGCACCGUCGGCCACAUCGCCCCCGAGUACCUAUCGACGGGCCAAUCGUCGGAGAAGACCGACGUGUUCGGGUUCGGGAUUUUGCUCCUCGAGCUGAUCACAGGGCAGAAAGCUGUCGACUUCGGACGAGGCGCGAGCCAGAAGGGAGUGAUACUUGAUUGGGUGAAGAAGCUGCAUUCGGAGGGGAAGUUGGGGCAGAUGGUCGACAGGGAUUUGCGUGGCGAUUUCGAUCGAGUCGAGCUGGAGGAGAUGGUGAAGGUGGCGCUGCUGUGCACGAACUUUAGCGCGGCGCACCGGCCGAAGAUGUCGGAGGUUUUGAGGAUGCUCGAGGGCGACGGAUUGGCGGAGAAAUGGGAGCAGCUGCAGAAGAUCGAGCCGCAGAGGCAUAAGGGGGUCGAGUAUCCGUUCCAGAGGUACUCGGACUUUAUCGAGGAUUCGAUUGUGGUGGUCGAGGCCAUGGAGCUCUCCGGCCCGCGGUAGCACGCUAUUCCGGCGGCGGUGCGCCGCGGGUGUUGGGCGGAGGUGGGAAUUGAAUGGUUCUUCUAAGUGUGUCCAUAGUUUUGUGUAAAGAAAAGGGAAGGGAUGAGUGUAAAAGCUGUUCGUUCUUAUUGUUUGGAAAUUGCAUUAGAGAGAGGGGUUAUCCACA